CGUUACACAAUGCAUUCACGUAGUGUCCUGUCUCUUAUAAGGAACCAACCAAGUUCUCCAACAGGUCGUACUAGAAAAUUUGUUCAGUUGUUGUUCAGUCGGUAGGACUUGUGGUACACGCUCGGUAUAUUUGUAGUUUACUGACAAUAAGAGUCAGUAAUGCAUUACUCAGUAGUUUACUGAGAAUUAACAGUGCGGCUUUAUCCGGUUCGCGAGAUCUAUUGUUAUUUCUCUAAUUUUUCGGAACGUACUAUCAGAGCAGUGUGUGUGAAUCUUUAAUCUAUUAUAGUUUAGCUAUUACUUCGCGAAAUAUGAAAUACAUCGUGCUUUCGACGACGAUUUUGUUGAUUCUGUGCAUCAAGACAAAGGCGCAAACUUUAGAAACUAUAGCACAAUGGCAGCUGCUUGACUUUGCGCUACCGCAUGAUCGCGGUUUUAUCAAUCGAUAUCAACCAGAAAAUAUAGUAAUGACUGGCAUCGAGAUAGCUUGGAACAGAAUCUUUAUCAGCACGCCACGAUUGCGUGCUGGUGUGCCAGCUACAUUGAGCUUUAUCCCUCGGAAGGUGCCAUUGGGAAGCAAUCCACAGCUUCAAGCAUAUCCUUCGUGGGACUGGCAUAAUGCUGGAAAAGGAGAAAUUAAUUGUACCAAAUUGAUUUCAGUAUAUCGGACUAGAUUAGAUAGAUGUGACAGAUUGUGGGUUGUUGACGCAGGUGUUAUGACAUCAAUCGAUGAUUUUAUGCCAGUUUGCUCGCCGAAACUUGUAGUUUUCGAUUUGAAAACUGAUCAGGUGGUUCGUCACAUUACUUUUCCACGUGAGGUGCUCCGACCGAAUACUUUGCUAACUAACGUUAUCAUUGACGAAUCUUCAGCAAAAACAUGCGAUGAUGUAUUUCUGUACAUGACCGAUACACUUGGCCCAGGAAUCCUUGUUUUUGAUGGUAAUAGAAAUAGAAGUUGGCGUGUUGUUCACUCAUCUAUGUAUCCGAAUCCAGAUCAAGCAAUGUAUAAGAUCGGAAGUGUAACUUUUGAAUUCUUGGAUGGAGUUGUGGGCAUUGCAUUUUCACCGAGAUUCCAAACAGUUUAUUUUCAACCUCUGGCGACCGAUCGAAUCUUCAGCGUGCCCACUUCGGCAUUGCAAGCCGGACCGCUUGCUCUGGGUCAACAGUUACCUGUGACCGUGGUUGGCAGAAAGUCGAGUCAAGGUCUGUCGUUGGCCGUGGAUCCUUGGGACGAUACGAUCCUGUUCGCUCCGUUUACCGAAACCGCGGUUGCAUCAUGGCAACCGCAGACAAAUCAACAAAGCAUACUUGUUUACAGCCCAGAAGAGUUACAAUUCAUUGCCGAAAUUGUAUAUGCAAGUCGCGAUAAUGGCAAUUUUUGGAUAAUGUCAUCCAGAUUCCACAAGUUCUUUCUGAGACAAAUUGAUAGAAAUCAGAUUAACAUUCGAAUUAUGAGGAUUAAAACGACUCGAGCUUUUCAGCAGCAAGUAGAUCGAUACUAUUCCUUGAAUUUUUACAAUAAUACUCUGAGAUACUGAAAAAAGAGCUAAUUAAAAUCUAUCAGUUGAAGAAAUUGCAAACAAUCGUAUCUGACAAUAUUGCGAAAAAUUUUAGAUAAAACAGUUUACACUUAAAAAGACAAAUUUUGUUAUAGAUACGUAGAAA